GCAAUGGAGGGGGCCAAUGUGUUGAAACACAUCGUAACAGCCCAUGCUGCCAUGCAUGUUUGUUUUUAAUAACUGGGGUUGGUUGCUUCCUCCAUUUCUCUAUUUGUUCUCUCUCUCUCAUCAAUACCGGGUCUCUUUCUCUCUCUCUCUCUGCAUCAUAAACCCCCUUAACACCUCAACGAUCGAAGCACAACAACAGCAACCACUGUGCAUUCAAGUUCCCACAAUCAAGAUCACAACUUCUUCUUCUUCUUCUUCUUCUUCUUCUUCAAGGGUUCUUCUGAAUCGAAAAUGGCGAAAGAGGGAGGCCGAUCUUUGGCCGAAACCCCCACUUGGGCCGUAGCCACGGUCGUCUCUGUCAUGGUCGGUCUUGGGUUCUUCGUUCAUGCCUCGCUCAAACAGUUUGGAAAGUGGAUGGCUAGGACUAAGAGGAAAGCUCUUCUUGCUGCUCUGGACAAGAUCAAGGAAGAGCUAAUGCUUUUUGGACUUAUGUCAUUGCUAAUGGGUCAUUGGAUCAUUUUUGUCGCCAAGAUUUGCGUUAAAUCAUCGGCCCUGAGCAGCCGGUUCUAUCCAUGUGUAGCAGACUCUAGUGUUUUGGAGAGACUGUCUCUACAACACCUUACAAUUUCAAGUCCCAAUUAUGUAAACUAUUCAGUUUUUCGCGAGCAGGUCAACAAGCAGAGAAAUUUUUGUCCCGAGGGCCGUGAAUCAUUCGCUUCAUAUGAAAGUCUUGAGCAGCUUCACCGUUUCUUGUUUGUUCUUGGUGUUACCCAUGUAUCAUAUAGCUUUUUUGCCAUUGCCCUUGCCAUGAUCAAAAUUUAUAGCUGGAGAACAUGGGAAAAUCAAGUGAAGUCAAUGGCUCCACAGGAACUACAAGGUUCCCCGCAAUCUGCCUCAAACCACACAAAAAUGAGGCGACUAUCAACUUUCAUUUUUCAUCACACAUCCCAUCCGUGGAGCCAGCAUAGAGUUCUUGUUUGGCUGCUUUGUUUCAGCCGCCAGUUUUGGAGUUCCAUUAAUCGAGCUGACUACAUGGCCUUGCGCUUGGGCUUCAUUACUACUCAUCAACUACCAUUGUCAUAUGAUUUUCAUAAUUAUAUGCUUCGAAGCAUGGAGGAAGAAUUUCGUGAUAUUGUUGGCAUCAGUUGGCGGAGUCUGACAAAUUUGCAGCUUCUGGAUAAAAUUGUGCCUCUCUGGAUUUUUGCCAUAUUAUGCGUUUUCUUGGGGUUUCAUGGAACUAAUCUUUACUUUUGGCUUUCAUUUCUUCCAGCCACUUUGAUCCUGGUGAUUGGUACUAAGCUGCAUCGCAUAGUGGUAAAGUUGGCUGUUGAAAUCAUGGAUACAUGUCCACAGACAGGAGGAGUUCAUCAUCACAUUAAACUGAGGGAUGAACUCUUCUGGUUUGGGAGUCCAAGGCUUCUACUUCGGUUCAUCCAAUUUAUAUCAUUCCAGAAUGCAUUUGAGAUGGCAAUGUUUGUCUGGUCAUUGUGGGAAACUAAUCAACCCUCAUGUUUCAUGGAGAAUCGUAGCUUCAUUGUGGUCCGGUUAACAUUUGGACUUGUCUCUCAGUUCUGGUGUAGCUUCAUCACAUUCCCACUCUAUGUUAUCGUCACACAGAUGGGUUCAAAGUUCAAGAAAUCCAUAGUUUCUGAAAGUGUUAGAAGAUCACUUCAUGGAUGGCAAAGAAGGGUAAAGUCGAGGCACGUUGGUCCGUCUUUUGCCCUCUCUAAGGAGAAAAAAUCAAACACAUCGUUGGAUUCUGAGCAAGAUGAGAUAGACAGAGUUGAUAGUGUUCCCUCGAUCAUAGGUUGCGAAGAUACCUCGGGCUCAAACCAACAUGUCUCUAUAGUGCAGGACUCUGAAAUUUCACUUAGUGAUGAGAAACACGAUCCACUUUGUAUGGGUCCUUCUUACGAUAGUUAUGAUGAUGACUCCAGUGAUGAAUCUGAUGACUGUAAUGGCAUUAAUGAUGCCAAAGAUCGUUCACGUCUUCUUCAACUACCUUAAGCUAAUUUAUAUGUUUCAAUUUUCAAUUUUCUACA